UCAAUUAUUUAACCCAUAAACACGAAAGUGAUUUUUUCAAAAUUCCAUUACAAUUGGAGCGUUGAAAGAUGAUGGUUGCAACACUCUGUACCUUAUUGUGCCUCCUAACAGUUACUUAUGGAUACACGAUAACCCCCACGAAAGUAGAUGCUUGUCCACCUACUGGUAAAGAAGUACCCGUGGAGGCCAAAUUGACGGGCAGUAAGGAAGAUCAAGAAUUCUUCAUGAGCUUAGACCUACCCUUCGACAUAGAUGAGGAUUUCACAUUUACUCUGACAAUAGACGAGUGGACAGGACUGACCUGGCACAAAGGACUUUACAAAUUCGAAGGCACAUUGUGUGAGUACAUUCCAAAAAUAAUACCAAAAAUCUGGGACAACAUUCGUGACCAAAUCGUGCCAAAAAUUGAAGAUCCUUGUAUAGUGAAAGCAGACAAAUAUAAACUGGAAAAAUUUACGUGUUCGACUAGUGACAUAAGUGCCCCUGUUAAUUUAUACGGGAAAUUCCUUUUAACAUUGAAAAUCUACACUCCAAACGAAGAAGAAGUCAUUUGCAGGACCAUGGAAAUUAUUGGGAGAUAAUUAUGUGUCCAACUAAUUGAAAUAAAAUAUAUCUGAGCAUUA